GCCCCAGGUGUAAAGAUCCUGGCACAAGGGCUGGAACAGUUCAGAUUGUGAGAACAAGCUAUGAAAUAGAUCAAAUAGUUCAGUACAACUGCACAAAGCCAGGUUUUACAACUGUGACAAAUGACACUCUGGUGUGUGAAUACAAGAAUGGAACUGUACAAUGGAGUGGUGAUCCUCCAACUUGUGAAGAUGCUGAACCACCAGUAAUCACGUGCCCUACAGUGGAGCCCUUGGAUCUGUACAGUACCUUAGUGUAUGCAGACCCAAUUGUGUCGGACAAUUCUGGCCUGUCCUGUUUUAUACUUGAUUCAGGACCUCCUUCAGGAGUUUCAGUGGUGACCAAUAAUACAACAGUGAGAUACAAUGCUACAGACACUCGGAAUGAAUACUUUUGUGAAUUUAAUGUUACUGUGAAAGAUCGCUCUGAACCAACAAUAGAGUGUCCACCACGACAUCAACAAGAGCUUGCAGGCAGGAGAUAUGCUUUGGUUAACUUAAAUGAAUCUCUACUGGUGUCUCACUCUGGGGAUGGUAUAAUCGUGUUUGAUCCCGCCGGUCCUCUCAAUGUAACAGAAGGAAGUGUGAUUCCUGUCAGAGUAAACAUUACCAAACAAAAUGGUCUUGUGAAGGGGUGUGCUUUUUUGGUCAGUGCUGCAUCAACAACCUGCAGCAACGAAACCUUACCAGCAAUUGACAAUGGAAGAAAUGAAAACUGUGUUGGCAAUGGCAGCAAGAUGACUUGUGUUGGUGUCUGUGACCAGGGACACUUAUUUCAAAAUGGGACUAACUCUACAAGCUAUUCUUGUGUAAAUGGAACAUGGAAUGUGGAUUCUCUUGUACAGUCAUGUAUCAAAAUGCAUGAUGUGAUUUACAACUAUGAUGUGUCACUAAUAUACAACCUCAAUGGCAGUAAAAUUCCACCUUCAGCUCAAUAUGAUCGUACGCUCUGUUCAGACAGACACUGCAGUUUUCUGUCCCAUCUUGUAGAAAACAUCUCAGCUUGUGGAUACAAUACUUUCAGAGUCAUCAAUUGUAGAAGUACAGAAGAAGGCCACAGUAGUGAAGACACAUCUUUCACACUUCAACUAUUGAGUGCUGAUGGAAAUGAGACCAGCUUACAAAAUUGUAAUGAUACAUUACAGAAUCAGUCUGUGACUUUGUUUGGUCCUACAUACCCUGGCAAUGGCACCAUGUCUUGCCUCUCACCUUGGUCUGUAGACUCAGGCUCUGUGGUUAUUGUGCCAGUGAAUAGUUCUUGUGACAACAAUUCCAUGAUGGUAGACUACAAAGGGAGGAACUACUGCAUGCCUUGUGGCCAGGGCAUGUCUUUUAACACCGCAACAGGGACAUGUCAUCAGUGUCCAGAUGGAUAUUACCAAGAUGAAGAGGGACAAGCAGUAUGCAAAACAUGUCCAAAUGGAGUCCUCAAGUCUCAUACACCACGGACAAAGAAAAGCCAUUGUUUUGAACUCUGUCCUGGAGGAUUCAUCAGCACAAGUGGCUACAAAGAAGACAACUGCACUGCAUGUCCUGAGAACCAGUUCAGCAUUUCAUCAAACUCUUGCCAGCCAUGUCCAAAUAAUGGGUCUACCUUGGGCAUAUCAGGAGCAACAUCAGUGACUCAGUGUUCAGAGCCAUGUUCUCCUGGAGAGUACUCAAUCACUGGAUUUAAACCUUGCUCUGCUUGCCCCAAAAACUUCUAUAGUGACAGUCAUGGAGCAAAGUUAUGUACUGAAUGUCCCUCAAACAGUACAACUGCAGGGAAUGGAUCAAAGUCAUUCUCAGACUGUAACAAUAAUGUGUGUGAGAUUCAUGACCACAGACCUGUAUGCUCUUGUAAACCAGGUUACUAUGGAGAUUCCUGCAGCAAUAAGAGCUGUGAUGUCUGCAAUCCAAAUCCAUGCUAUAAUGAUGGCGUGUGUACAGCUUCUGGGCUUAACUUCACAUGCAAUUGCAAAACUGAAACUAAUUGCACUUUCAGCAAAAAUCCUCACAUCAUUUACUCAACAAAUGAUCCCAGUAUACCAUGGUCCCUUAAUGGAAAUAAUACAUGUCGUGAUUUAUGUCACAAAAGCUUUAGCUGUGUGGCCUAUUUAAUAGACGAUGCUAAUGCCUGCUACCAGUACAACAGGUUACUUCUUGACAACACAAUUAUUAAUAUACAUCAGUCUUACAUCAAGAAUUGUGCUGAGCAAAAGUUAUUUGAUGGACAACUGUGUGAAAGAGACUUGACAAAUGACUGCGAUCUUGAUAUGUGUGCCAGCAAAGAAUUUUGUCAAGAUCUUGUAAAUCACACUGAGUGUCACUGUCCCUAUGAUGGAGGAAACUAUGACAGCAAGUGUGCAAAACCAGACGAUCCGUGCCAGAGUAAUAACUGCAGCCUUCAUGGGAAAUGUAUCUCCUAUGGCUCUUUACGUUCAGUCUGCGAGUGUGACCCAGGGUAUACAGGAGAUAAAUGUGAAACAGACAUAAAUGAAUGUGACAUAAACAGCCAGGGCUGUUUGUAUAAUGGAAGCUGCCAGGAUGGAGUAAACACUUACAGCUGCUCCUGUGUAAAUGGUUUUUCUGGAAGUCACUGUGAAAUCUUAGCAGAUUUCUGUAAUCACAAUGAUUGUAAAGUUGCUAAUGGGGGAAUUUGUACCAAUGAUUUUCAAAACUUCACUGCGAGCUGUACCUGUGGAGAACAUUACAUGCCAGAUUCUCAGAAUCCAGAUGCAUGUGUUCCCAUAGACUACUGUCUGAGCAAUCCUUGUGGAAAUGGAACAUGCAGAAAUGUGACUGGUGGAUUCAGAUGUGACUGCAGUUUAGGAUUUGAGGGUUCCCACUGUCAACAUAACAUUGAUGACUGUGUCAGCCACAACUGCAAGAAUGGAGCAACUUGUCUGGAUGGAGUCAGCAACUUCACUUGCACCUGUUCUGCUGGUUUUACAGGCAACUCCUGUGAGACAAACAUAGAUGACUGUUCAGGAAAAUGUGCGACCAAUAAUACAGAAGCUCCAUGCCAGGAUUUGGUUGAAGACUAUUACUGUCCGUGUAAUCCUGCAUACACGGGAAAGAAUUGUUCGGAAGCUGUCAAUAUGUGUACUGUUUAUGAACCAUGUCUUCAUGGAGGAAACUGUUCUAACUUCACCGGAGGAUACAACUGCACUUGUGCUGCAGGAUGGACCGGGAACAACUGUGAGCAAGAAAUAAAUCACUGCAGUUCAAACCCAUGUCAGAACAACAAAUAUUCUGGUGUAGCCUGUGAGCUAGAGAAGGAUCACUGUGCUGGUGAUCCAUGUAAUGGAGGAAUCUGUACUCAAAAUCACCUGACUUAUGUUUGUGAUUGCAGUAAUGGUGAGCGGGUACAUUUAUGUGGUCAGAACUGCAGUGAAACAGAAUUGGCCUGUAGUUCAUGUCCAAACAAUACAACACAACGAAAAUUUAAUGACACAUAUGGAAAUCCCAGAUGUGCAUGCAUUUGUCAUGCAAAUGAAACGCUUGUUGGGGACACAUGUCAAACUGUUGACAGGGACUAUGAUCUUGUAUUUCUGGAGAGUUUUGCCAGCAAAAGCAAAUUUGUAACUUCUGAAAGUGGUUUUUACCUGGACAAAAACACCAGCUUAACUAUCAGCAUUUCUGAUAUGAACAGCACUUUCUUGUCAGUCUUCAAUACAAAGGUGCAGUUUACAACCAACGCUGAUGUUUCCGUUGAUUUUACUGAAGAUAUAGGCACCAAACAUUCACUGGAUGAGCGGUUUAACUGGCAUUUUCUAUCUAUUGUUUGGUCAACAAAUGGAAACUUGAGAAUUAGGUUUGAUUUCUUGAAUCUGAAUCAAGCAACAGUAUCAGCUCUGCCACCAUCUGAGAAGUUUGUGUUUGUACAACUUGGACAGUCAUUCUAUGGAUAUAUCUCCCAAGUUUCUGUCUGGAAAACAGCUCUGACUUCAAAGGAACUGUAUGCAUUUCUACUUCUAGGGUGGACCAAGUAUUCCUUCGAUAGUUCAGUGAAGAGAACAAGGAGCUCCACAGCCACUGGAUCACUGUCUAUCUGUAACAUUACAAACACUAUUGCACAGAUGGGACUGAAUACACCAGAGUGUAAAAACAUCAAACUUACAGAUAAAACACCUCCAAAAGUCAACUACUGCAAUGAGAGCACAGUGCUGCUAGCAGACUACAGUAAACAUCAAGUUAACUCUAGCGAGCUGGGCUAUGAAUUUACAGAUGACCAUGAUGGAAAACUGUUGAUUGAAGGUCAGUUAUAUUCCUAUGGGGCCUAUGAUAUUGCUGUCACCGCCAAUGAUUCAGCAGGGAAUAUUGGAGUCUGUAUGACAAGGACUUACAUUACCCGAUCUGCUGCACAAUGUUCUGACAAUCUAGAUGGAAACAAAGUGACUUGCCCACCUGACAUGCUGCCUAGUGUUCCAACACCCAACUUUGUCUCCUGUAGCCACCUGCAGACUUACAAUCUGGAUGAUAUGUAUGAGAAACCUGAUAGAAUUGUUUGUGGAGUGAGAAAACCCCUCUCUGUAACUGUGAAUGUGACGUUGCCAUAUCAGAUCGUUGUAGACUGUCAUGAGGACACUGUGGUAAAAGAAAUCAAUGGUCACCUAAUAGCAAUAAUAAAGAAACUGAAUAACACAUGGAAAGGUUUGUGCAUUGACACAAACUGCAGCAAUGUGAAUUCUUCUGGACACUGCACAGGAAAAAGAAGCUUAACAGCUAAUGUACAGAUUGGUGGUCUAAAUGUAUCUCUGGGUGCACCAGGUUAUCCAGCAAUGACCCCUCUGGAGAUUAUGAAAAUGGCUGUUUCUGGCAAAGAUACCUUCAAUAUUUCUGGAGUAGCUGAUGCAUAUGUUGAGAUCGAGAAGACAAUAGUUGAUGAAAUGUUAUCAUGCACCAAAGGAUACUCUCUCUCAGGAAUUUAUUGUGUCCAGUGUGGCCCUGGUUCAUAUUAUGAUGAAGGAGAACAGAAGUGCAAGUUGUGUAAACUGAACAUGUACAGUGACCAUCCUGGCAAUAGUUCAUGUACAGCUUGCCCUUCUAACAAAGUCACACUUCAGAGAGGAAGUUCCAGUUCUGCUGAUUGCAAAGAAAAAUGUCCAGUGGGUCAGAUGCUCAACCUCACAACAAAUACAUGUGUGUCCUGUCCCAGAAAUUUUUACCAAGACCAUGAAGGCAAGAGUUAUUGUUUCCCUUGCCCGCCUGCUACAGAAACUGUCAAUAAUGGGACCAUAAGUCAAGCUGACUGCAGAGAAAUCUGUAAACCUGGCUCAGAACUGAAGGGUAAGGUAUGUGUAGAGUGUCAGAGAGGAUUUUACAGACCUGGCAAUCUUCAGGACCCAUGUACUCCAUGUCUGAUGUCAAAUAUGACAACAAGAGACAAUGGCAGUAUAUCAGAGGAUGAGUGCACUAUUCCUAGAUGUCCCCCUGGACAAUUUGUACAAGAUAAUGGCACCUUCACGUGCCAGUUUUGUGACUAUGGGAAGUAUCAACCAAAUGAAGCAGAGUUUGACUGUAUACCUUGUGUUAUGAACUUCACCACAGAAAACAAGGGAGAAACCAAUGUUUCCAUGUGUCAUUUAAACUGCCCAGAAGGAAAAGAAAACAUCAAUGGGACUUGUGUCAGUUGUUCAGAUGACCAUUACAAGCAAACGUCUGGCUUUGACCAGUGCAUGAACUGUACUGGAGAUUUCACAUCAACUCCGAGUAACAGGAGCUACUGUACACAAAUGUUUUGUGAUGUGGGCCGGGAACUGAUUGCUGGAAAUUGUUCAGACUGUGACUAUAGAUACUACAAACCAUCAAGGGGAAAUAAUGUGUGUACAGAAUGCCCAUUGAACACGACUACAGCCUCUAAAGGAUCAACAUCGGAUCUAAAUUGUUCCCUUGCAUUUUGCCCAGCAGGAAGUUACCUAAAUGAAAGCAUCAACAACUGCUCCCUUUGUGAACGGGGCACCUUUCAGGAUUCACCAGGCAAAAAUAACUGCAUCCCCUGCAGGUCUAACUACACCACUCAUUUUGAAGGGUCAUUUGCUUCGAGCCAGUGCUAUGAAAUAUGCCUGCAAGGUAACUAUCGCAAUGGAACAGACUGUUUGCCUUGCCCAGUGGGACAGUAUCAAAAUGAGUCAGAUCAGACCAGCUGUAAAAUCUGUGGAAACAUUUCUGGCUAUAAUGCAUCAACAGUCUCUACACAAACAGUUAAUAAAGGCGACUGUUUUCCAAUAUGCCUAGAAGGUUUUUCCUUAGACAAGGGGAAGAGAUCGUGUUUGCCUUGUUCUGUUGGUACCUAUAAAAGUUCAAGAUCCUUGAACCUUAACACAAGAUGUGAAUCCUGCAAAGCUCAUUUUACUACCCGCCACGAGAAUGAAACUAGCCCAGAUGCUUGCAUACUUGACAAGUGUGAAAAGGGUUACUACAGAGAUGUCAGCAGUAGUGAAUGUAGGUCCUGCCCAGUAGGAGAAUAUCAAGACUCUGAUCUGCUUCUGAAUGUAACAGCGUGUACCAAGUGUCCAAAUGGAACCACAACUUUAUAUGAAGGUGCACCUGUAAGGGAUGGAUACUGCAUAAAUAAUUGUCCUGAUGGGGAAGAAUACAAUUUAAUAUUCAAAAUCUGCUCUGUCUGCCCAAUUGGAAUGUACAGACCAUUAGGU